AUGGCGAGCCUCAAAUCCGCCUUUGUGAAGGGGUACUGGACGUUUUCUAUCCUGGGCAUGCUGUGGGCGGCUUUCAUAGGCGCGUUGUUGAAUCCGAGUAUGCAGAGAUAUGCCCUCUACGCACAUAAAUUCAAUACAAACUUUUGGCAUAAUGUGACUAAUCCAGAGGAAUUUGGGUUUGCCAAGGGCCAGGUUCAACCUUUUUGGCUCACGACAUUAGACAAUGAGCGGCUGUUUUGCUGGCACGUGUUACCGCUCGACGUCUACUUGGAGAAUGAGUAUGAGCUUGUUAGCGCAGCGACGGCAGGUGAGACCGUCGAGGGGCUUAAGGGGACUGUUGGGGAGAAGUUGAUGAGGAGGGAUGUGGAGACUAGGGUUGUCGUGAAUUUCCAUGGGAACGCCGGUAACAUUGCUCAAAACCAACGUCCUUCAACCUACCGCUCAAUAACCUCCAUACCCAAAACCCACCUCCUAACCUGUUCCUACCGCGGCUUCCCCCCAUCCACCCUCUCCCAACCCCCACACCUCCCCACCGAAACCGGCCUAAUAACCGACGCCAUAAGCCUCCUGCACUACCUCCAAACCACGCUCUCUCACCCAGCCUCCCGCACCGUCCUCCUCGGCCAAAGUCUCGGAACAGCAGUAACAUCAGCCGCGGCCCUCUACUUCGCCGACCCGCUAUCUCCCGCCCUCCCAGCUCAAACCACAUCACAAGCAUGGAUCAAACCCAGUAAACGAGGGUCUCCUGCCUUCGCAGGCAUCAUCCUCGUUUCCCCCUUCCGCAACCUCCCUUUCUUGCUUCAAACCUACAAAAUCGGCGGUUUCUUCCCCGUGCUUAAACCACUGAAUGCUUACCCCCGCAUCGCAAACUACAUCACCGCCCGUAUUGUCGAUACUUGGGAUACUGCAUCUCGCCUGUCCGCCCUAAUCUCUACUUCCUACACGUCCCCGUCUGCCUCCAAACACGAGGGUUUCCAUAUCCAUAUCCUGCAUGCGCGAAAUGACCAGGAUAUCACGUUCCGUGAAUCAGAAGCCCUGUUUGAACCGCUACAAACGCGUUGGGCUGGCAGUGAGGAGGGCGUUUGA